AUGUGUUUUUACAGAUACUAUGCUCAAGGUUACUCUAAACCUACAACACAUGAGAGGUCCAUCACAUAUUCGAGCAAGAACGAUUCUGAUGGUUUGACAAACAAUGGUAUAAUCUUUACCGGAUGUCCUGUUAUUGGAUAACAGAACCGGCUUCAAGCAUCCGGAACUUGCCUUGGUAGUCUUGAAGACUCAAUAAUCAAGGCAUGCGCAUGGGACUCAAGGAUCAAGGUUCAGCAUCAAACAAUGUUCAGCAUCAGCUUGUCUCUGGCCAAGAGCUUCAUUCAAGAUGUGCAGAAGCUAGUUGAGAUCGAACCCAAAUCCCUCUGUGGAGUAGAAAUCUACAAAGGAAUCCUAAUGCGCUAUGACACCACAUCAACUGCUUACCUUGGCAAACAAGAAGAUGCAAUUGACUUCGACAUCACGUAUUACCGAAGCAAGGACUUCAUGACUCCUAGGCUCCAUGAAGGCAUACUUGAAGAAAUAGAGCAAUUGGCACUGUUUAACUACCGAUCGGUACUGCCACAUUGGGGAAAGAAUAGAAACAUAGCCUUUGAUGGGGUGAUGAAGUACAAAAAUGGUAAGGAGUUGAGGGUUAAGGACAUGUAUGACCCAAUGGGGCUAUUCUCUAGUGAAUGGAGUGACCAGGUCCUUGGAAUAAAGGGUGGAGUGAACUUUGUUAAGGAAGGGGCACACUGCACACUAGAAGGGAUGUGCAUUUGCUCACAAGACAUUCAUUGCCCAAAGCAAGGCUAUUUCUGUAGACCCGGCAAAGUGUUUAGGGACCUGUGUACUCCUUAUUUUGAUAAGAAACAUAAAGUAACUAGCUACUGUCUAGUCUAG